AGGCGGCGUUGUGAGCUGGGGUUUGGGGAGGAUCUGGCUUUCCUUAGGUUGAGGGGCCAUGGGAAGGCGUGCGGCCAUGGGAAGGGUACAGUGUGCGUAGGUCAGGGGGCAGUGAUCUCCUUGUGACCCUUGGCUGAGUGCUGAAAUGGCUAACGCUCAAUCCCUCGUGUCUGACUCGCGACGAAAGCUAGACAGGCUUCAUCUCGGUGUUGCAAACGGGCUGGGACUCUCACAUUGGAGGCGAACCAAGUCCUUGCGGUUGUGUUUUGGGGGGGUCCGCUGGUGGGUGAGGGGGGGUGUCCAUGGGCGGGACUUCCGGUCAGAUCCCCGCCGGGGGCGGGACUUCUUGUUUUCUUCCUAGAGUAGGGGCCUCGCUGGUCCGCGGGCGUGGUUCAGCCCCGGGCCUCAGCCUUCGAUAGUAGGAUCCCCCUGGGACGCCCCGCUCUGCGUCCCGUGCUGCAGCCGUUUCCUUCCCUAUCUCCCGUCACACCUGUCCUGGGAGGCCUGCACUUUCCCGCUGGAUAGCUCCCCCUUGCUGGUCUGCCCCUGCCUCUCACCUCAUAGGAGAUCACAGGCCUAGGAGGUCCGAGUAAGUCGCCCUCCUUUGAGCCGCCUUCAGAAGCCACUCAGCCUGUUUUCACACUGCUGCUGCUAGGAGCUGGGUCCCGCCAUCAUUUGCUCUCUCAGGUUGUGCCAUCUUUUGGACCAGUCACUUUUCUCGCCCUGAGCCUUAGCCUUAUGUUUCCAGCCUCCUUUCUCAGCUUUCUCAGCUAGGAAGGGUGUGAGGGGUGAGUAGGAGUCGCUGGGUGGCUCCUGAAGCUUUGGUGGGACUUUGAAGUCCAAAGACAGUGUUGGCAAACCACUACAGCUCAUUUCUGUGGCUGUGGCAGGUGUCUGCAGCUUUCUCCUCAAUGGAAAGUUGGGAUGGGCAGUCUAGUGUCUUGCAGCAGGCAGGGUAGCGCUCAGCAUUGACAAAGGGCUCUAGACAGACUGUCCUUGUCGGUGGCCAGUUCAGCUGGUGGGACGGUCAAGAUCUGGUCUCCUGAGUUUGGAGCUUAAGUCCUGAACGUGCAGUGACCACCGCUCUUCAUGCCAUAGGAAGUGAGAGGUUGCUUAGGAAUGGUUAUCGCAUUCUGGUCCAGCGUGUGAGCAGUUCCCACCUUGGGGAGUUGGGUGGAAGGUGGCAGGGUGGAGUCUUUUGAGUGUGCAGGACAACUUGCAAGCUGCAACUGGAUUCCAGAUUCUGCUUCUCUUUACUGUGGUCCUGAUGUGCUUGAAUCCCUCUGGGGGGGAGGGGGGAGGUGCGUGCUGCCUGUCAAGCAGAGGCUUCGGCUGCCACACCCCCUGGUGUGUGGAAAGAGGCACCAGUCCGUGGUCCCACUACAGGAGCCAGGAGAUAGGCAGCGGUGCAGCUGUCAGCGGAGGCUGAGGACCUGGAAAAACCCUGAGCAGCUUGCACCCUCCUUCCCCCACAUUCAGCCAGAGCUCAGCCCUGUCCUAAGAGAGUGGCCCUGGAAGCCCAGCAGGGGGACUGGGGUGACUCAGAAAGGGACUGUCUCCCUCCCCAGCUGAGUGUAAGGUUGGCAGUGACCUGAGGCCAGUGAGCUGAGUGUGCGGUCCAUCUGGUCCUGGAAACUCUGAAGGGCAGAACUCCACAGCAGUGAAGGAGGACCUGCUGGACCAAAUGAAGGAUGGAGGCCUGGCAGGGGCCGGGGUGCUUUGCUGCAGAAACUGUGCAAGUCACCUGUGGUUUUCCUGGAGCCCGGUCUCUGUGACAGUUUUGCUCCAGCCUCUGAGUGCUGUGAUUUCAGGUGUAUACCCCCAUGCCUGGCUCACAAGUGUGUUAACACCCUACACACUGAGGACAAGGGCGCGGAUGGCGUCUGGGCGGCCAGAGGAACUGUGGGAGGCUGUUGUGGGGGCCGCCGAGCGCUUCCGGGCCCGCACUGGCACAGAGCUGGUGUUGCUGACUGCAGCACCACCACCGCCACCCCGCCCAGGGCCCUGUGCCUAUGCAGCCCAUGGCCGCGGGGCCCUGGCAGAGGCUGCACGCCGCUGCCUCCACGACAUCGCUCAGGCACACAGGGCUGCCACCGCCACCCGACCUGGUCCCCCACCAGCACCACAGCCGCCCAGCCCUGCUCCUAGCCCUCCGCCUCGGCCAGCCCUGGCCAGGGAGGAUGAUGAGGAAGAUGAGGAUGAGCCCACUGAGACAGAGACUUCUGGGGAGCGGCUGGGCGGUAGCGAUAAUGGAGGACUCUUCAUGAUGGAUGAGGACGCCACUCUCCAAGACCUGCCCCCCUUCUGCGAGUCAGACCCGGAGAGCACAGAUGACGGCAGCCUGAGUGAGGAGACCCCCGCCGGUCCCUCAGCCUGCCCCAAGCCCCCGGCCGCAGCCCUGCCCACCCAGCAAUACGCCAAGUCCCUGCCUGUGUCGGUGCCAGUGUGGGCCUUCAAGGAGAAGAGGACAGAGGCGCGAUCUUCAGAUGAGGAAAACGGCCCGCCCUCCUCGCCCGACUUGGACCGGAUUGCCGCUAGUAUGCGGGCACUGGUGCUGCGGGAGGCCGAAGACACCCAGGUCUUCGGGGACCUGCCGCGGCCGCGACUCAACACCAGCGAUUUCCAGAAGCUGAAGCGGAAAUACUGAGCGGGCAGCACGCACAGCUGGCUGAGGCCGGCGGAAGGCCACUGUAGCCAUUGGUCUAUGAGCCAUGAGCCUUCUCCGCCCAGCAACAGGACGAUUCUUUACGGGAUUGGCUCGCUCCUGUUUGGAGCAGGGCUAGUUCUAAAACGCUCAGUGGGUCAACUCUGUCUCUUGCCUAGCAACAGAAGCUUUACCCGCGCAUCCUUGGCUCACUGCCUGAGCACGGGAGCCCAUCUGCGGGACCAGGCAGGCGAUGGCUCCGCCCAUGUCCGGAGAGUCGCCCGUAGCCCUUCUUGAACUCCCCACCCGAUUGGCCCUGGCCUCCUGGGGGCGUGGCCAAGCCCUCCCGAACCCAGAAUUGGCCCGAGGCCUUGAGUUUGUUACACUACUAGGGCUGGGUUUUUUUGUUUGUUUGUUUGUUUGUUUUGGCCCGAAUCCUGACACUUGUACCCCAAGGGAUGGUCCGGUCCCGCUCUGCGUCUGAUGCCCCCAUAAGUUUCUCCCCACGACAGCGUGUCCAUCAAAGUCUGUCCUAUACGCAGGGCGGUACCAGCUUCCUGUGUCCUGUCCCCCCACCCCCCGACCCCAACAGGUGCCUUAAAUGGCCCUCUUCCACCCAAGGUAGGGGGCCUCACUCUCCGGCCCUGGCCCUGGGUGCGGGAGAGUGGGGUGGGGGUCGGGAGGGGCGCUCUGAAAUUAAAGUUUUACCUCUGGCUAGUGA